GAUAAGGUUGAAACAAGCAAAUAAUAGAUUUUGGUAAAAAUAUGGUAGAAGAAAUAGGAUUUUCUGGAGAAUCUAUUGCUUCUAGCUCAGUUUUGAUCAAUAAGAUGAAUUCUACGGCGAAAGAAGGGCCAAAAUCGGCUGAAUAUAAGGGAAAUAAUGGCCUAUUAAAAUUAACUACUUCUGAUCCAGAAUUACUGGUUAAUGUUGAACGAAAUAACAUGAUGGAAAAGAUCCGUCAAGAGAAUCGUGAACGUAAAAAACGUUGGCGUCAAGCAAAUGAAGAUCGUAAUAAAGAUAAUGAUCUUCGUUGUAGAGUUAAUAAACGUGCUCAUAAAUUAUAUGGUAAAGAACAUUCUCUUGCAAAAUCAAAAUGGAUAGAGGACGAGUUUUUAAGGCGACAGUUAAAACGAAAAGAUAGAGAACGUAAACGUUUUCUUGAAUCACAUAUUAUAACUUCAAAUCGUGAUAUUACUAAUACUGGUUUUAAUGCCGUCGAAUUCUCUCAAACAUUUCUUACUAAUCUUUUUCAAAAUCUCGUUUCUUUCAAUCAUACUAUUCCUUUUUCUUUUCGAUCAGCUCUUUUUUCUUUUUCUACAAAUCCAAACUUUCUCAAAAUUAUCACUACUCUUUUCGCUUCUCUUACCGACAACAUUUCUUCACCUUCUCAAACACAAUCUCCUCUUCAAAUCACUCAUUCUAUCGACAACACUUCUCAACUUUAUCGCUCUCUUUUAUUCAAUCUUUUACCUUCCAACAACGAUCCUUUUUUUUUUUCGUCUUCAAGCAUAAUUCUUCCUUCUCAAAACACACAAAACACUUUCAAUACUAACCAAUCUAGUUCCGAUUCAUUCUAUUCUUUGUCUUCUGAUCAUUCUCUUCCUUCAUUCACUUAUAGGUCUUCUGAUCAUAUCUCUUCUAUGGGUUAUCCACCGGCUCCUGCUGAUUUUACUGGACAACAAUAAUCUGUUUAGCAUUUCUUUUAUACAUUUUUUUUUCACCUCUAUUUUC